GAAGUCACAUCCUGCGAAGGGGCCUGGCGGGCCAUUCCUUUUUCCUGUUCUAUGACUGGGUCUUGCUGUUAAAGCCGUCAGCCUCCAAGAAAACCCCAGUCUUUUCAAAUUCACUAUGGCAAGUAGCGCUACAUGGUUCGUAAUCCUCCUGUUGAAUCUUGCAGAUGCACAAACUACUUCAACUUUGUCUGCUACAGACCCUACAGAUGGACCAGCAUAUACUCCUGUAUCCCACGAGGAAGUCAAUCUCAACUGUACUUUCGUCUCUCCUCUGCUGGACUGUCCGUGGUGAGCAGGCGCACGUCCCAUUGUUACCACCUGUGUCCGAGAAGCUUUCGAAGGCAGCCCAAAGUGGCAGCCCCUUCUCAGGUACUUUUCUUGGCUAUCAAGUCACUUGGCUCCCUUGAAAAUGGCUCUAUGCUUUUGGAAAAUAUAGAGAAACUGCAAGUUGUCAGAAGUGACAUUUCUACUGUGCUGCCAGGAGCAUUCGUGAAAGCAAAAGGUCUUCAUGCUCUUGACUUGUCUGAGAACAAGCUGGUAUCAGUUCCUAGCAGUGCUUUGCAGGACCUCUCCAGCCUGACCUCACUAAAUCUGUCAAACAACCUUAUCACGGAGCUCAGCACAGACGCUUUUGUGAACCUUCACAGUCUCAGAAUCUUAUCCCUUGAGAAAAACCGAGUGUCUUCGAUCGCUGUUGGCACUUUCUACCACAUGGAACAUUUGGAAGACCUCAACUUGUCGCAUAACAAGCUGUCGGCAAUCGAUUCAAAAGCAUUUGGCAAAACAACACUGGAAACCUUAAGACUGAGCUCAAACCAUCUCGUAUCAGUUUCAUUAGAAAAUUCUCUCGCAUCCCUCAAGCAUCUUGACCUCACCCACAACAGUCUCACGAGUGCAACAACGAAACUUGAUCUACCAAGCCUUAUCACACUGAAUGUAAGCUACAAUGCCUUGGACCAGCCAAAAUUUUUUUCGCUGGCUUCGUUGGAAAUCUUAUCAAUAUCUCAUAACCCAAUGACAAUGAUCUCAAAAACUUGGCUGGAGCCUCUACUGAAGCUUGAAACUCUGGACGCAAGUUGGUGCAAGCUCAAAAGAAUUAACAGCCAAUCUCUGUCAGGGAUCGGAAGCCUAAAGCUGCUUAACCUUAGCAACAAUGAAAUUUCUACUGUCGACUCUACAGCAUUUUUGGGACUGCACUCGCUUGCCACCCUCGACUUGUCAAACAAUAAUCUGACUUAUAUCAAUCAGAACCACACUGCAGACCUGAACGAGCUGGAGUACAUUGACCUGUCACAAAACAGCAUAGAAUACAUUUUUGCCGGAGCCUUCACCCGUAGUCCCCAUCUAAGAAUCAUUAAGCUGAAUGGAAAUUUUCUUGGCUGUGUCUGUCAAGUCCAAGGCUUUGGCAUGCUCCUGAAAUACAGAAACUUUUCAGAAGAAACUCUGUCUUCGGCCGUAUGCGACGAUAGCACACGCAUUAUAGACUUUGAUUUUGAUUCACUUCAGUGCUCUACAGAGAUCCGUGCCAAUAACUGAAACCUUGUUUUCAACAACUAACGUACCCAAAGUCACAUCACCAACAACCUCGGAGCCAAACGUCACACAACCUACAACAAUGGUGCCAUUUAAUGGGCAUCUCACGCUAGUAAACGUAGAACAAUAUGACGACAAACUCUCGGUCACAUGGAAUGCACAUAGCGUUAGCGAUCGUCUUGAUAAACUGAGAUGCCUACUGACUGUCGUCAUUAUUGGGGCAAAGGUGCGCACCGACUUGCCUGGUUCUUGUCCUCCGAGUUCACAAAACAGAACGUUCCACAUUUUAAGACAAAGCCGGGAGUUAAGUAUGAGGUAUGCUUAGUAGCAUUCAGAAAUGAAACAGAAGUGGCUCGUAGUUGCAGCAUUGUUAACACAACUGAUAUCAAGUCAACACCACCAGUGACAGUACCUACAACGGUUCGAGUGAAUACAACAGGGUCCUGAUGACAGCACUGUGGCUGUCACUCAUAUUGACACAUCAGCGGUUACAACAGAGAAGGAAAUUCAGAUGCCAGUGCUGAAGACAGAAGAGGGCGAGUUCCUGCAUCAUCUAAGGUUUCACAGUGGCCUUUUGGCUGGACAUCGGCUCAUUCUUCGAUGGCAUUUUGUACCUCCUUUUCCAAACCAGUCAGAUUGUCGUUUUAAUGUGACGGUGCUCAGUAACAAGGAUCUACUGACACAGACAGAGGCACCUUGUUACACUUCCGGUCAAGUCCUGGUGGCUCACAUCAGUGAAGACAGUGAUUAUGAUGUGUGCUUCAGCCAGACGGUUCUGCACAUUCCUGGAGACUGUCAUGAAAUCGUGCCGGCAAAGCUUGCCUACAACAGCGAUGUUGCAGUUGGGGUCGCUGCUACUGGGCGCCAAAGACUGACUCGUGUACCUGUGGCUCUGCUUGUCAUGGUUGCUGCUUUGGCCGUAAUAGCAAUCCUUGCCAUCGCUUUGUUUGUCCGCAGAAGACUCAGAAAGCGAGCUAUAGCUCGUAGGAAGGUGGGAGAAAGUGUGUUUCAUUUGCAGAUGAAUCGUCGCUCGGGAACCUACAUGGUCCAAGACGCUGCUGAGGCACGUACCACACUCACUUCAGUCAGUGUCCCAUGAUGGGACGAAAAUGUCACAAAGAGCGUCAUCUAUAGAUGAACUGUGACAAACCUUGUGCCGGGAACUCAUUGUGCACAUUUGGUAUCUAUACAUGGAUCAAAAAUAUGUACAUAAGUCAGCUUUGUUCAUACCACAAUCAUAUAAUUAUGUCAUAUUGAAGACUAGCAUUGUAGACAUUGCUAAUUACCUUUUUUUUUUGUGAUUUCAUCGCAUCUAUUUUAUAUUAUAGCAUGUCAAAGCUGCAGUGAAAAUAAAUUGCUUGUCUUAAAACCAUAAAAAUCAAGUGAAGAUUC